AUGUGGAAAAAUAGAAGAGGAAAUAGCUUUGACAGAUCCGCACAUAAGCGUGAAGCUUUCUUGUUACUAUGGGGAUGCACGUUGCCAACACCAAAAAACUCUUGGAUAAGAUUAAAGACGGUAAAGCAGCCUUCACCAUCACAGAAGCCAGAUAACCAAGAAGGCUCAAUCUGCACAACGCAGAAAGGACCAGGACACACCUCCAGGGACAAUUGGGACAAGGCCGGACAAGAGCCAACAAGGCGACAAGGGUUGGCUCAACGGACCUGGGGACAAUUGGGACAAGGCCUCGGCCUCGAUGGUUGA